ACAAUCGUUGACGUACGCGAAACCCGAUCCAUUAUCUCUGACUCCACAUUUCAUACGUUAGCAGAAGAUCGACUAGGGGUGUAUUCCGAAAUCGUUCUCAUUCAGUAGUUAAGUGAAAUUCCAGUACUGCACUGCAAAAUCGUUCCGAAAUGUCAGUAAUUAGAAUGAAUUUGAAUGAAUUCGAACAUGGUGGACAUGGAAAGAGCUGUGGAGAUAAACAGAAACGAGGAAAAUGCAAUAUCAACAAUACUAUUAAUGAACACAAUGAUGUUCGAAAGCUCUUCUUCAUCAGAUACCUCUAAUGAUGAUGAUGAUGUGGAGUUACAAAUCUUAUAUCAGAGUUUUGAACGAAGACUUGUGUAUAAAAGACCCAGAAUCCAAUCGUAUGUCGAAAAUAUUGUCUCUGUGUAUGAUAAUGAGGAUUUUAAGUAACAUUUUCGAUCUUGGAGCUCUUCAGAUCAAGGUUGCAAGGACUAAGCGGAGCACCUAUAAGGACUACAAUUUGUACUAAAAAACAACUGGUGAUUGCAUUGUGGAUUUUAAUGACACCAGAUUCUUAUAGCCUUACACAACAAGCUGAAGCAAUGUGGACAAAUAUUGAAGAAAAAUAUGGAAUGACAAAGGUGAUCGGAGCAGUUAAUGGAACUCUUAUUAAAAAUGUAGCUCCAAGCAUCGAACCUCUCAGCUAUAUCUGCCGUAAAGGCUUCCAUGCUAUGCAAUUACAGGUUGUCUGUGAUAAAUUAAGAUUUAUACAUGCUUAUGCAGGAUAAGCUGGAUUGGUAAACGAUAUGCGAGUAUUUAGAUAUUCUGGACUCUAGGAUAUAUGCAAUGACAAUGAAAAGUUUCCAAAGGACAACUAUUUACUAGGCGAUGCAGUCUAUACUAUUCAGAAACAUGUCAUGGUGCCCUACAAAGACAAUGGACAUUUGUCGGUUGAUCAAGUUUGUUACAAUACUAUGUUAUCCUCUUCAAGAAUGAUGAUAGAGCGGGCAAUAGGGUUAUUAAAAGGACGCUGGGGUUGCCGUUUAAGCAAAAUUACCAAUGUGAAGAGCAGAUCGGAUUUCAAAAUAUAUAAUUGCAUGUUGCAUUCUACAUAAUAUUUGUUUGCUAAACAAUGACGAUUUUUAAAUACCCAUUUUGAUAAAAAGAGUAGAAUCAAUUGCAGUUCUGAGAGCGUGCGAUGUAGAUAUUCGGUUAAAGGAAAUAGUUAUACAUAAACGGGUGCAUUUAACUCAACGGCUUGUAAAUGAACCAUAAUAGAUUAUAAUAAACUUUUGAUUUGUUUAUG